ACAUCCUGACAAAUCUAUCUCAUUUUUCGACGACUUGUUGUAGGCUUUUACUUCAGACCAUACAUUUAUUAUUUGAAUUAAUUCAUGAGCUUAUUAAUUGUUUAAAAAGUAAAAUUUCAUUUGAAAUAUAAAUAAUAAAUUUCAAGAAAAAACAGUGUCUGUAUAAUUUUCAUCACCAUCUUUGCUAAAGAAGAAAAAGAAGAAAAAUUGUUUUCGAGUCGAAGGUUUAGACUUAUUUCCUACUUGUUGUGUUUUAUGUUUCAGUAUUAAGUUAUUAAUUACUCUUUUAUUUGAGAAUGUCCUCUAUAACACGAACAAUGAAUGUAGAACCAAAGACCAAAAAAAAACCUCCCAGACCACCACCUCCUAAUUGGUCAAAAUAUAGAAGUAAGUCAACGUAUAAUUUAUUUGAAAAUCUUAUAGAAUGGACACCACCUAAUUCUCCAAAGAUAGAAAAAAAAAUUGGGGGCAGUGUCUCAAGUUCUUUCAACAGUAGUAAUAGUAGCUUGGCCUCUAGCAAAAAUAGUAUUGAAUGUGAUAUUCCAAUUUUCAACAAUUUAUGGCCUACCAGUCGCUCCAAUAUUCACAAUAAAAAUACGUCAGACGUGCCUUCUACACAUGCAAAUACGAAACCUAUUAAUAUACCAUCUAACCAUUCAUAUGCAUCACCUUCAACAUUGGGUCCUACUAUAAUCAGAUCUAUUCAAAAAAAAAAUAUGUGUAAGGAAUCAAUCAAGAUGAGUCCACCAUCCAUACCAAUGCCGUCGAUUCCUCCUCCAGAUCCCCCUAAAGAUAUUCAAUAUGAUGAUAUCCCAUAUGGAAUUGCAUUGUAUGAUUUUCAGUCAAAAGAACCAAAUGACCUACCAUUCCAAGUGAACGAUAUUAUUUUACUCACACGAAAAAUCAAUGAUGACUGGUUUUAUGGGAAAACAGGAGAGAGAGAAGGUAUAUUUCCAGCCAAUUUUAUUGACGUCAUAGUGCCUUUAUCUGAAAAUGACAAGACUGCCAUGGCCUUAUAUGAAUUUCAAGCACAAAUAGAUGGAGAUCUGUCAUUAAAACCUGGUCAAUUGGUGAAUGUUACAAAAAAAAUAAAUGAUGAUUGGCUAUAUGGAGAAUCUAAUGGGAAAUUUGGCCAGUUUCCAAGCAAUUUUGUAGAUAAAGUACCAGCUUUAUAAUAUCUCAUCAUUACUAUUAACAUUUCAAAAUGUAUAAUUUUAUACCAUUUACAUCAAUAUAGCAAUAGGAAAAAAUAAUUGAUAAUAUUAAUAUUUUUGUCUGAAGAAAAAAUUGAAAAUAUAAAUAUUUCUUGGUUGUAUCUCAUACAUUAAAUUCUGUUUAGAGUUAUAUUAGGACUAAAUCAGGGUUUUAAAUUUUAAUUGGAUUUUAAAAAACAGCAUUCUUUAUCCAAUUAUACUGAGAUAUCAUAACUCUAAACUACAUUCUAUCUUUAUGUCACAUUUCGGUCAAUUUUGAAAAAAAUCUUAAUUUUUAUAAUCCUGAAAAUUCUCAUUCGAUUAAAAGGUUUAUAUAAAAGAUAUAUAAGCAUUUUAUUUCCAGUUAAUCAAAUCAGAGUUGCCAAUUUAAUUUGAUUGCAUAUUUUUCCUACAGAGGUAAUUUUUCAAAUCCAGUUUACUUUUAGCUACUGGAAGAUUGAUAAAAUAACUGCUGUACAGUUAAUAUUGCAUACUAAUUAUUAGUUCAUAAUUUAAGUGAGUUUAAUUAAUUUUUGUUCAGGAAAACUGAUUUAAUGGGGAUAAGUUAAUGGCUGUGAAAUGAUUAAGUGGUAGUGGAAUUUUCAAAUUUCUGGAAAUAUACUUUGAUUUAAAAAGUAGUGUAAACUCGUUGUUUCCACUCUCACUUGUCUAUUAUGGCAAAUAAAAAUAUUUUUUAUAUGGAAUGUAAGCAGCUAUCAACAAAGUGACUUUUAAUAUUAGGGAUCAAUUGUUGGUACUCAAUAAUUAAGGUUAUAAAAAAAGUAUAUAUUCUUACAAUUUUAAAAGUGAUGGAUUUAUGGUUUUGAAAACUGAUGUUUUUUCUAUUUCUGUGACACUAUGAGAGUUUAUAUUCCUAUCACAUUGAUGAUUUUAUGAAAGGUUAUGUAUUUUAUUUGUCAAGCCAUUUUCCAGUUUUUGUAAUGGUACAAUCUGUGUGCCUAAAUAAGUCAAUAUAUUUUGUGAAUUAAUAUGAAAUAAAUGUUUUGUUAAAAUA